CUAAACUACUGAUUCCUAAAAAAAAUAUUAUUCUGACUAACUGACUAUGGAAGUUUAAUAUACUUACAAUUAAAUAAAGAUCAAUUAUUGUUAUUCUUGCUAUAAUAAUUGCAACAUUCAUGUUGUUCAACUUUUUUAGUAUAUUGCAUUUAAGUGAGUGUAAUACAGGGAAUGGAAUUGAUUAUUACGAUUGUACUCUUAAAAAUGGUCCAAUUUCAUGGAAGCACAAAUAUCCUUCAGCAAAUGGAAACUUUCAAUCGCCUAUAAAUAUAAUUAGCGUUGAGACAUCAUUACUGUUAAUUUAUGAGCCGUUAAUUUGGAAUUAUUAUGAUGAAAUACCUACAGAAAUAUUUAUUCGAAAUUCAGGGUAUACAGUUGAAUUAAAAGCAAAUUUUUCAUGUAACGUUCCAACUAUAAGUGGUGCUGAUCUACUUGAAAAUUACAAAUUUUUGAAUUUAUGCUUUCGUUGGAGUAUUUUAGAUGAUCAGGGAUCAGAGCAUUCAAUUAAUAAUAAAAAAUAUCCUGUUGAAUUACAAGUUUCACACGUGUCUCAAGAUAAUUUGGUGCAUAAUAGUGAAUCAUCUGAUUUAGGAGUGCUAGUAUUAAGUUUUUUUUUUGCAAUAACAAAAAAUGAUAAUCCAUGCUUAGAUCCAAUAAUUUUGAAUUUACGAAAAAUUCGUGGACCAGGAAUAUGGGUUCAAAUACCAUCAUUUCCCUUAUCAUGGCUAUGUUACAAUUUUCAAACAAAUUUUUAUAGCUACGGUGGAUCAUUGACUGAACCACCUUGUUGUGAAGGAGUAACUUGGUUUAUUUUUCCUGAACCAAUGGCCAUAAGCAUAAAACAGCUGUCUGAGUUUCGGACUCUUCAAUCAAGAACUUUAAAUAAAAUUUUAAAUAAUUCAAGACCAAUUCAAAAUUUAAAUUCAAGGAUUGUUUGCCUAAAUAGAUACAUUGGAUAUGAUGAAGAAACUGAAGAUGAAGACGUUCCAGCAAUUUGUGAUUAAAAUAAAAAAAUUAAUUUUUUUUUUUGUAAAAUAUGACUUUCAAAUGCCUGUAAUAAAGUAUUUAUUUCGACAGUUUAGGGAUACUAAUUGCUAAAUUGUGUAAUUUACGAGUAAGUACUAAUGU